GGGAACUCGUACUCAAAUUUUCGUGAAGAAUGUCAUUAUAGAUUCGAAAAGGGACAUUAUGAAUUCUGACAAUUGUAAUAGUGGUCUCUCCAACCACAUGUUAACUGGUUCAUGAACUCCUCUAAUGGCCGAUCCACCUGCUGCUCAUAAGAUCUUCAUUCAAUAGAGGAGAGAGAAUUUCCUUAUGGCGGCGGAGGACGACGAUGAUGUAACAUUCGGAGACUUCGCCUCCGCUUCAUUCCAAUCCAAAUCGUUGGCCGACAACGAAGACGACGAAUGGGGCGAUUUUGUGAAAUCCCCGCAGCAAUCGAAGCCUUCCGGCACAAAUUUCAAUGGAGACCGUCAAUCCGCAUCACCCCCUUCGUGGGUGAAGCCCAGUGGCGCUUUGCCGCUCUCCAUUUUUGGGGAUCCCGAGGAAGAAGACAAGGAGGUACACAAUUUCGGUAUUUCUGUGGAUGUCAAUCAAGGGCAGAAAAGUACGAUUGCUCUGGAUCUCAAUUCAAAUUUAGUUAGCAACGACGCAUCGAAGAAUAAUCGGAAUCUUAAUAUUUCCGAUCUGUUUAAUCGUUAUUUAGAGACCAAGCCUGAAAACGGGCACGGUCCCAUUUCCACCGGCAGUGAAAAUGGAGUUCAUUCGAAUGGCGCUGGAUCAGCUGUUGUUACUGAGUUGAAAAAUAUUGAUUUCAAUGAUAGGGUAGGUGUAAUUGAUGGCAGCCAGCUCACAAACACGAUUGACAAUGACGAGUUUAGUUUUAAGUCUUAUGCGCCAGAUCCUAAUCAGAAUGCCGAUCCGUUUGGCGGCUGGACUCAUGAAUUUUCCGGAUUUAGCUCGAAUUCAAAUACAUCUCCUCAUGUGCAUACGUCAAGUUCAGAUGUCGACAUGAAUGGGCAAAUUCAACAUUGGGAUGGCUCUGCUACUGUUGCUGUUAUUGAUGAUGAUGAUGAUGAUGAUGAUGAUGAUGAUGAUGAUGAUGAAGAUGGUGAUGAUGAUGACGGAUGGGAAUUUAAGGAUGCAUCUUCGGAAUUCCGGACUGAAGAAGUGAAUAAUAAAGUUAACUUAAUGGAGCAUGAAGUUUCUGAAAGUAGUGCGCACUCAUUUGGGAUCGGAAGCAGCUUAAACAAUUCGCUUGAUUUGUUUGGGACUUCAAAUGGCAGUUUGUUUGCUAUGCCAGAUGAACCCGUUGAUUAUUUUGCUACCCCAAGUGGUAUUUCUGGCGCUUCAGGAGAGAUCGAUUUUGUUGGUAUUCAGCCAAGUGUAGCAAAUCUAAAUGGUUUUGCUUCAGAGACGAACUCAGUUAUUGAGCAAAAUAACGUUAAAAGUUUGUUAAACAGUAAUACAGAUGUCGGAAGUGCUGAAUAUGAUGCAGAUGAAAAUUUUGGAGAUUUUACAGUGGCUUCUGCAGUAGCUGGACCAAAGCAAGAGGAAGUGUCGACCAAUGGCUUUCAUUUUCCUUCUAAAGAUGUAGUAUCAACAUUGGAUGACAAAAUUCAGGAGAAGGAUACAAACUUAAAUUAUCACAAAGGCGCAAUUCCGCUCUCUAUUUUUGGCAAUGAAGAGCCAGAAAGUGGUGAUUCUUCAGAUAUUCAAGAUCUGUUUAUGCACCAGUCUACUUCGGAUCAAAGAAAUAGUCAUACUCCUACCUCAGUCAUUUCUAUCAAUGAUCUGAUAUCAAGUUUAUACAGCCAAACUGAGCAGACAUCUAUCGUAAAUACUGUCCAAAACCCAACCGAAACUCAGUUGGGCCUAUCCAGUGCAGCUUCUGAUUCCAAUAUAGAAGAUGACGAAGAUCUUGAUGAUGAUUCAUGGGAUUUUAAGGAUGCCUCACAAACCAUAGUUGACAGUGCGGCAUCUAAUAGUAGUAUCGGAGAUACAUAUAUGAGCAUAUCCUCGAAAUUGAAGCUGAACAAUUAUUUGGAUUUCUAUUCUAAAUUAAAGGAAGAGUUAUGCUUUGUAGCUCAAUUUCAUAUUGAAAGCUUAAAGCAAGCUCGAGCGGAUGCUACAAUAUCUGGUGAAGGUGAAGGAGCUGCAUCAACCGAUAGUGAAUUGCAGUUGGUCUGCAAGGAACUUGAAGAAAUGAACAUCCUUUUUGAAGAUAGUAAUCUCCAGGAUCACCCUUCAGGAGAUAGUCAUCUCAAUCAAUUUGUUCAAGUUUUGUUGGAGCCACAGUUUCAAAUACUUGAUUCAGAAUAUCACUUAUCGGGAAACUUGUUACGAGUAAAGAAGGAUCUGAGAUCAGCUAUGGAACUUUUAAGACACACAACAACAAUGCUUAAGAUUUUGAACGUGGGAACAACGGAGGAACAAAUGGCAUAUAUUUCCAUAUGGUCUGAGAUAAUUUCUGCAUGUACGCAAGAGUUAAAACAUGGUGCCUCAAUCUGGAAUCAAGCAGUAGAGAAGCAUCUUCAAACUCAGUUACUAUCUGAACCUCAAGGGAGGAAGUUCUUUUUAGCCCUUGGGGAGAUCUACAAGGUGGUUGUGGUUCUUGGAGCUUCAGCCAAACUUUUCAAGCCCUGGACUUUAUCAGUUUCUGUUGAUUCGCCGCCAGCUAUCUAUAUUCUUCUAGAAGAAUGUCAUGCUGUAUGGUCAAGUUCAGGAAUUGAAGAAGCUUUUUCAAGUGCUUUGGAUAAUUCAUCAUUAUUGAAGUCCAUCAAGCACAUCCUCGAUCUUGAUGCACUUACACUUGAGAACUAUUUAUUUGCCGAAAAGGAAUCUAGGUGUUGGCUGUCAAUACUAACGGCAGAAGCUGUACCAGAUAUGAAGAUGAUUACAUGGGGAAACCAGCAAUGCUUUGUCACACUUGCAAAUCUGUGGGCAAAUCUAAUAAGCCGCAAUCCUCCGGAAUUGGCGCAGUUAAACCUUGGCUGAUAAGGAUGAAUGAGUGGUAAAUCGAAUAUCAUUGGUCUUAAUCUAGAAUGCCUUUUUCUAGAUCUGUGCUUUGGCUAUCCAACAAAGAGCAAUGGACCUGGCUUUGUACUGCGCUUACUUCUUUCACCAUGAGACAAAUAUGUUAAUAUAUAUUGGAGGAAAUAUCUGUUUGCCCGUCUCAUUGGAUUGCAUUGAGUUGAUCAAACCACGGAAUCAAGAUUUGAGUUUCUGAGCUCUGGGGUUUAUCAAGAAAAAAAGUUGUGUUCUUUCUUCAAAUUUUCAUAGCUAUUGGUGUCAGUUCGAAGUUUUCGUUUGUUAGGCAUUCUCUUCGAUAGAUUUUAUAGUAUUAAGAAUAUAGUGUUCUUUUUUUUCCUUUUGUUUUACCAAUGUAUAGAAUCUCUGUAUGAACAGAGUUGUUCUGGGUGAAUUCGCUCAACAUUUUGUGCCAUAAUGCAAAAUAUUUAGGGUAAAUGGAAAUCCCGGGUUGUGUUACUUAAUGGUUUUGUACUAGUAAAGCAGGAUAGUUGUGUUAUGUCAUUCGUGAAUACAAUGUUUAGUGUGAUUAUUUAUGUUUUUCAGUGUGUUGCUUCCUA